AUGGCAGUUCUUAUAUGUAGUAUAAUAAAGUGGUUCAAAAUACUACAUUUGGCGACGAGGAAGAAACUAAAAAGACAGCGAUGGGUUUUAUACCUGCAGCAGUUCCAAUACAAGCUCACAUAUAUUCGAGGUAAAGACAACCCCGCAGACUCCCUCAGCCGCCUACCAGUAGACUCAGCAGCAAAUAUUGAUGCUAUAGACACGGAAGACUUUGCUUACAGCGUAGCGAAUGGAGCGAUGCCAGUUGCAUUAGCAUCAAGAGAAGUAGAACAUGCUUCAGAAAGCGACGCGACGUUAAAGUUAGUUCGCCAAGCAGUGGUGACUGGUGAUUGGAGUUCUUUACGAGGAACCAAAUACAAGACGUUGAAAGAUGAGUUCUGGAUUAUUGGCCAAGUUGUAAUGCGAGGGAGCCGAAUAGUUAUGCCAGAGAGUCUUUGGAAGCGAACUGUUGAGUUGGCUCAUGAAGGACACCAAGGAAUUGUUCGUACGAAGUCCAGAUUGCGAGAGAAAGUUUGGUGGCCGAAAAUCGACAAGCAGGUAGAAGAUUAUGUGCGUUCAUGUCAUCCCUGCCAAAUCGUGGGUGGUUCCAAACCGAAGCCAGAACCGAUUAGAUCGACCAAAUUGCCUGAAUCUCCGUGGAAAGACAUUUCAGUUGACCUUCUCGAAAUAACCAGUGAGAGUCAUCUUCUGGUCGUCGUAGAUUAUUAUUCUCGUUGGGUCGAAGCCAUUCUACUUCGCAAAACAGAUGCGCAGCACGUGAUAAAGAGUCUGGAGGCUAUUUUUAGAACACACGGUUUGCCAGAGACAAUUCGUAGUGACAAUGGCCCUCCAUUUGCAUCAAGAGAUUUUGAAGCGUUCUUAAAGAGUCUCGGAAUAAUCCAUAAGAAAGGCGUACCCUAUUGGCCUCAAAGUAACGGAGGAGUUGAACGUUGCAACGAAACCUUGUUGAAGAUCGUUAGGAUUUCCAGAAUUGAAGGUAAAGAUUGGAAAAAAGCAUUGGAAGAUUUCCUAUUCCAUUACAGAGUAACUCCUCAUAUAGUAACUGGCACAACUCCGGCCGAACUUUUGAUGGGAAGGAAACUACGUGAAAAGCUCCCGAGAGUUGAAGUUAAUGAAAGUCGUGUCACCGAGACAGAACGGAAAAAGCUUUUGAAAGAAAGGGAUGCUCGUGUAAAACUCCGACAGAAAGAAUACGCCGAUAAGCGCGGCCCAAGAUUGCAACAUUAG